AUGUCACUGCAGCAUGCUGUAACGGAUGUGGCAUGUGGUGGUUACCACACUGCUGCUGUCACAGGGCCGGGUCACCUAUUCACAUGGGGAACGAACGAGUAUGGCUGCCUUGGCCAUGGCCCUCGCCAUGCGCCCUCGUCAGCAGUGCCAGUGAGGGUGGAAGGCAGGCUGGCAGGGAAGCAGGUGCUGCAGGUGUCAUGUGGAUGGAAGCACACCGCAGCUCUCGCUAGUGGUGCUGAUGAGGGUGAAGGGCAAUCAUUGCGAGCAGCAACAGUCGGCAAGCUGUACACAUGGGGUUGGGGCGGUUCCCAAGGAUCGCAUGCUGUGGAAUCAAGGUCCACAGGAGGCCAAUUGGGGCUCGGAAAUGAGUUUGAGUUUUUGGAACCCAUGCGGGUGUCAUACGGAGCGUUUGAAAAAACCUCUCAGCAGGGCAAUAGCGUAUUAGGUGUCCUUCAACAUGUCUCGAUGCUACACAUUAUGCAACACAUAUCACCUGGCCAUCACUGCGCCAUUCCGUUCCCUGACUCCUACUCUCGCCUCUCACCCUUCAAUUUUGUCGUGCGCUCCCCACCCUACUCACCCCUCCCUAAUGCUGACGCGGCAGCGGGCGAUUGGCUGCAGGGUCCGUACGUGUACGCGCUGUACCAGCACUACGGCUAUGACAAGGGCGACAUCGGCCGCCUCUUCAUCGCUGGCUUCGGCUCCUCCAUGGUCUUCGGCACCAUCGUGGGUAUGCCCACAGCGUUGGUUAUUAUUGCUGCCUUCGGCUCCAUGGUCUUCGGCACCAUCGUGGGUAUGCCCACAGCGUUGGUUAUUAUUGCUGCCUUCGGCUCCAUGGUCUUUGGCACCAUCGUGGGCGGUCGUCGCCUGGCGUGCAUCCUGUACUGCAUCACCUACAUCCUGAGCUGUCUCACGAAGCACUUCCCGGCCUUCUCCAUCCUCGUGCUGGGUCGUGUGCUGGGCGGCAUCGCCACCUCGCUGCUCUUCUCCGCAUUCGAGUCCUGGCUCGUGGCUGAGCACUUCGCACGUGGAUUCGAGCCGCCCUGGCUGUCGAUCACAUUCUCCAAGGCCAUCUUCCUGGGGAAUGGGCUUGUGGCGAUACUGUCAGGCCUGGUGGCCAACGUGUUGGUGACAGACCUCAACCUCGGCCCGGUGGCGCCCUUUGAUGCGGCGUCGGUGCUGCUGGCAGGGGGCAUGGCGGUGAUAGUGGGCACAUGGAGUGAGAACUACGGGGACUCUGACCAGUCGCACGGGCUGCUGCUGCAGUUCCAACUCGCCUACCAUGCCAUCGCCUCAGAUGAGAAGAUCGCCAUUCUAGGAGCCAUCCAGUCGCUGUUCGAAGCCAGCAUGUACACAUUCGUGUUCCUCUGGACGCCAGCACUCUCCCCCUCGCAGCAGGCCAUACCGCACGGCUUCAUCUUCUCGCUCUUCAUGCUCGCAUCCAUGCUUGGCUCGUCUCUCGCCUCUCGACUCAUGGGCCGUGCGGGGCUCAAGGUCGAGGUCUACAUGCAGGCUGUGUUUGCUGUCUCCUCGCUGUCACUUCUCCUGCCGUGCAUCGUGAAUUGGUUCCUAGAGCCCCACCCUCCCCCAGGGGGAGGCAUCACAGCGGGCGGGCGCAUUCAACUAGCAGGCUUCUGUGUGUUUGAGGCGUGUGUGGGCGUGUUCUGGCCGUCGCUCAUGCGCAUGCGAGCACAGUACCUGCCUGAAGAGUCCCGCUCCACCAUCAUGAACUUCUUUCGAGUACCCUUAAACGUCUUCGUCUGCCUUGUCCUCUACCACGUGAGUUCCCAUGACCAUGUGAUUCCCUCUCAACGUGUUUGUCUGCCUCGUGCUCUACCACGUGAGUUCCCAGGCGCCACUCCUCUAAUAGGCGCCACUCCUCUAAUAGGCGCCACUAAUCUAAUAGGCGCCACUCCUCUAAUAGGCGCCACUCCUCUAAUAGGCGCCACUCCUCUAAUAGGCGCCACUCCUCUAAUAGGCGCCACUCCUCUAAUAGGCGCCACUCCUCUAAUAGGCGCCACUCCUCUAAUAGGCGCCACUCCUCUAAUAGGCGCCACUCCUCUAAUAGGCGCCACUCCUCUAAUAGGCGCCACUCCUCUAAUAGGCGCCACUCCUCUAAUAGGCGCCACUCCUCUAAUAGGCGCCACUCCUCUAAUAGGCGCCACUCCUCUAAUAGGCGCCACUCCUCUAAUAGGCGCCACUCCUCUAAUAGGCGCCACUCCUCUCAUAUGCGCCACUCCUCUAAUAGGCGCCACUCCUCUAAUAGGCGCCACUCCUCUAAUAGCGGCCACUCCUCUAAUAGGCGCCACUCCUCUAAUAGGCGCCACUCCUCUAAUAGGCGCCACUCCUCUAAUAGGCGCCACUCCUCUAAUAGGCGCCACUCCUCUAAUAGGCGCCACUCCUCUAAUAGGCGCCACUCCUCUAAUAGGCGCCACUCCUCUAAUAGGCGCUACUCCUCAUAUAGCGUGCCGCUCAAUGUGUUUGUCUCCUCGUGCUCUACCAUCCAUGUUCCUCAUGUGCUCGCUCUUCCUCGCCUUCUCUUUUUCGUGUUGCCCUCCAUCGUGUUUCCUGUACUCCCUUCAAUGCCACCCCCCUCGAUCUACCCUCCGCCCCCCCCUGCAGGUGCGGUCCUUCCCCAUGACGGUUAUGUUCCUCAUGUGUUCGCUCUUCCUCGCUGUCGCUGCUCUCCUGCAGCGCCGCCUGCUCCACCUCGCAAUCAGCGCCCUGCCCCAGAGUGAGUACACAUGCUUGGCUUGUGCUCUCCUGCACAUGCGCUCUCCUGCACAUGCGCUCUCCUGCACAUGCGCUCUCCUGCACAUGCACUCUCACGCGCUCAUGCUCUCCUGCAGCGCCGCCUGCUCCACCUCGCUCUCAGCGCCCUGCCCCAGGACCUCGUUCUCAUGCGCAAUUGGUGUGGGUACACACCGUUCAGACCUCGUUCUCAUGCGCAAUCGGUGUGGGUACACACCGUUCAGACCUCGUUCUCAUGCGCAAUCGGUGUGGGUACACACCGUUCAGACCUCGUUCUCAUGCGCAAUCGGUGUGGGUACACACCGUUCAGACCUCGUUCUCAUGCGCAAUCGGUGUGGGUACACACCGUUCAGACCUCGUUCUCAUGCGCAAUCGGUGUGGGUACACACCGUUCAGACCUCGUUCUCAUGCGCACACACACUUAACACGCACUGCUUCCUCCACCUCGCUCUCAGCGCCCUGCCCCAGGGUGAGUGCACACCGUGCGGCCCCCGUUCUCAUGCGCAAUCGCCCUCAUCCCCCCAUGCUCUCAUGUGCACAACUCUCAACCACACGUGCACUCCCAUACACGUUCACAAUCAGCUGUAUCUUUCGUCCUUCCCGCGUGCUCAUCCUCCCUGCGCCCUGCAUGCUCGUCCUCUCUCUCUCCCAUCUACCAUAUCCAUCAGCCACAAUGAAUCAGACUCCGAGUCCCAUAGACUGGGAGCUCAAAGCACACAGCUCCGAUGGGGAACCGCCUAUCCUGCUGCUGUGACCACAGCUUCUCGUUUAGUUUAG